UUGUUAAAUAAUACAGAGAGUUUUGGCUCAGCCGAAAUAGUUAGAAAGUCAAGCAAGCAACCCCAUCCGCACGCAACCCAUUAUUGGACCGCAAACCUUUACCGCCAUAUAAGUCCUCCCGAAUAAGAUUCAACCAACAGAGAGAGAAUAUCUGGUAUUGGUAGGUAUCGAAUCCAAGGAGGAGAAGAAGGUUGAAGAAACGAGCAGCAACGAGAAUCUCCGAAGUUGGUUGAAGGAACACAGAAAGAUGCCGACUUUGACGAAGCUGUAUACAAUGCAAGAAGCGUCGCAGCACAACACCAAAGACAACUGCUGGGUCGUCAUCGAUGGCAAGGUGUAUGAUGUGUCAACCUAUUUGGACGACCACCCUGGUGGAGACGACGUACUCCUGGCUGCAACUGGACGAGAUGCCACCGAAGAUUUUGAAGAAGCUGGGCACAGCAAAACUGCCAGGGAGGAAAUGAGAGCCUUAUGCAUUGGAGAACUUGACACCACUUCCUCGGAUAUUCCAGAGCUAGAGAUUUUCCCCGAGAAUCAGCCACCGGGCUAUCCCAAGAAGCUUGCCAAUUUGACAAAGCGAUACUGGGCUGUUCCGGUGGCUGUUGUUGGCAUCUCCGUGGUUAUUGGAGUCUUGUACUGGCGCAAGAAGUGAUCAUCCAAUACAAUUUUGCCCUUGUUAUACAACUCAAGGGGAAGGUUCAUCACAAUUUUGAAUGGAGGCAACACAAAGCCAACCAGGCUCCUCGCUUUGUGAGGGUUAGGGAAACGUCUUUUCAGAAUGGUAUUGAGGAAUAUGCAGAUGUAUAUCGUGAUUGAAAAUUUUGAACGUAUGGAUUUCAAAUAUGAAAUUUACAAAUUAUAUGGAGAUUGUAUGUCAUUGAGGUUAGGGGAAAUCCAUGACUUGUUUGUUUGUGA